UUACUUUAUUUGCUGUUAAAAGUUGAGUAUUGUGUUAUAUAUGUACAAUAAUAAUAAACGGAGUUUAUUGAUAAAACCUUUUGUACUCCUGGUUGGGAAAACAAAGAACAUUUAAAUCUAAGAAACUAAUUGAUGCUUUAAAUAUCAUAAAAAAAAAUGUUACAGCCAUUAUAUUUGAAGGGUACCGAAGAACUAUUAAAAAAAGAGGCAAACAUCUCAGAUGAUGUUGAGCAACAAGAGUCAGACGUCAGCAGUGUCCUUACAGGUUACAAAAGUGAUGGAGAUCCAGAAACUUAUGAGGCAUCUUAUAUAGAACUAAAAAGAUUUGUAGAAAACUCUUUGGAUAUCUACAAACAUGAGUUAGGAAUGAUUUUAUACCCCGUGUUGGUUCAUAUGUACCUAGAAUUGGUUUACAAUGGGCACACGGAACAGGCCAUAUCCUUAAUGAAAAAGUUCGGACCAGAACAAGACUGUUACUAUCAAGACGACUUGAGGAAACUGGCAAUGGUUACCAGAAGGGACCAUAUGAACGGCAACGAGCUGACUGAUACCUUUAAGUCCAAUCAGUUCAUUAUCAGGAUGUCCAGGGACACAUUGUCCCUAUUAAAGAGACAUUUGAAUGAUAAAAAGGCAUCUGUGCUAUUGAACAUUGUUCAGGAGCAUUUAUACUUUGAUAUGUACGAAGGGGUCGCAAGGAAUAAGACUCAGAUUGAUGCUACUUCUGGGGCUGUGGGUGGAGAGGCCAAGAGACAAGAUAAUAAAGCCAAGGUGUUUUAUGGCAUACCAAAGGCUCCGGAUAUCCAGAUUCUGGCUGCCCCUGCCGAGGACGAAGAGGAGCCUCCCGAGCAAGAUAAUCCUGAUAAACCGAAGAAGAAGAAAUCCAAGAAAGAUCCAUUGCUUUCUAAAAAAACUAAAUCUGAUCCCAAUGCACCUCCUGUGGAUAGGAUUCCCGUGCCUGAUUUGAAGGACAAUGACAAAAUUGAGAAGUUAAAAGCACUAAGGGAGGCUUCAAAAAGGGUCAAUUUAGGGCCUGAAAAUCUUCCAUCUUGUUGCUGCUACACAUUAUUAAACUCCAAUUAUACUGUGUGUUGUGCAGAAAUAACAGAGGAUUCGAGCAUGUUAGCGGUGGGUUUUAACGACUCGAUUAUCAAAGUGUACACUCUGGUGCCGCAAAAACUAAAAGCGAUGAAAUGCGUCGAUAAGUUACAAGAAGUGAAUAUUGAGGCUGAAGAUGUUUUGGUUAGGAUGAUGGACGAGCGAUCCGGAGAAUCGUCCAGAAGUCUCUGCGGCCACGGAGGUCCCGUAUAUUCGGUGGCGUUUUCUCCCGAUCGGACUCUUUUAUUGAGCGCCUCAGAAGAUACCACUAUAAGGUUGUGGAGCCUGCAAAUUUGGACCUGCCUGGUCGUGUACAAGGGCCACAUGUUUCCCGUGUGGGACGUUAAAUUCUCGCCGCUCGGUUACUAUUUCGCUUCGGCUUCCUAUGAUAAAACCGCACGUCUCUGGGCUACGGAUCACUAUCAACCUUUAAGGAUUUUUGCUGGACAUUUUUCAGAUGUUGAGUGCAUCCAAUUCCAUCCGAACUCGAACUACUUGGCGACCGGUUCUAGCGACCGAAGGGUCUGCCUGUGGGACAUCACCACCGGCAACCACGUCCGUUUAAUGACCGGCCACAAACAGCCGAUCCAGGCGUUGGCGUUCAGCGUUUGCGGCCGUUUUUUGGCAUCGGCCGGUGCGGAUUGUCGCGUUUUAAUAUGGGACCUCGCCCACGGACAUUUGGUCGCCGAACUGACCGGACACGAGAAAACCGUCCAUUGUUUGGCGUUCAGUCGGUGCGGGAACGUGCUGGUGUCCGGCUCGUUGGACUGUUCGUUGCGGUUGUGGCAUUUCACGAAAUUGGCCGAGGACAGCAGCUCGGAGGACGUCAACAUCUCGCAUAAUCCGGACGUGAAGGUCGGCGAGAAUUAUUUGCUCAGGACGUUCCAAACGAAGAACUCGCCUUUAAUUAAUUUACAUUUUACCAGGAGGAAUUUGAUGAUUGCGGUCGCGGUGUUUAAUGGGGUCGCUAGUUAAUGGAUAGUAUUUAAUAAAGAUUUAUGUAUGUACGCAAA